AUGGUUCGCGGAGGCGCGCUGUGGUCGGUGCGCUCUAGACUCGUGGUGACCCACGGUGAAUGGCUGGGCGGCGAAAAACGCAAAAAUGUGGCUAGAGAAAAAGUGGAAAAUAAGGGUUUGGUGCGUGAUGGGUUUGAGGGCACAACAUUAGUAAGGGUGAGGGAGGAGGGUUUUGCUGCCAAAAAAAGGGGAUGGAUGAGGUGGGGAGCGUGGAGAUUAAGGUCGCAACUGGGUUAUGGUGGUCGUUGGUGGUAUGGUGGGCUUACAGUGGUGGCCACUAAUGGGGCGGUGGAACUCGUUGUGGUAAUCGCUGGUCAUAAUG